ACAUCUGCAGAAAGCCAUGAGCUCACCGAGCAGCUGUCAAAUGCUUCUCCUGGUUGCCAUUUGCAGUGUUUUCCUCAGCAGGACUUUUGCAUUGCCUGCGAUUUCUGCAUAUUCUGACAUCAGAUCAGAAACUCUGGAUGAAGAUGGGCAAGAUGAUUGGACGAGAGAUCCAUCACUACAGGAUUUAGAGACGUAUAAACUCUUGUAUGAAAUCGCAAACACAGUUGAGAGACCAUCGAGACAUGCUGACGGGUUGUUCACGAGCGGAUACAGCAAACUCCUCGGCCAACUCUCCGCUAAAGAAUAUCUGGAGUCUCUGCUGGCAAAGAGAGUCAGUGAUGAACUGGGUGUGGAGCAGAUGCCAGUCAAACGUCAUUCAGACGCCGUCUUCACAGACAACUACAGUCGAUACCGUAAACAGAUGGCAGCCAAGAAAUACCUCAACUCAGUGUUAGCAGGGAAAAGAAGGCAAGCGUUAAUAUGACUAUUGUUCAUUCAUACGCUGUGUUACCUGUGCUAUUAUUAUUAACUUACAGUUAACAACACAUUAACCCUUUCUGAUGACUGCACAGCAAAUCACAGAGCACUC